AUGACACACCCCCUGCACCACCUCGCCGCCCCUGCCACUCAGCCAUCAUCUCGCCUCAAACGCAGAUUCGAGCCUGAAGACGAGAACGACACGGGCCCUCAGAGGCCCAGUCCAGGCGCACGGGAUGAGUCAAUGGACAGGAGUCCUACUCCAGAGCGGCCAAAGAGAGGGGUGCCUAAGAGGGCUCGCACUUCUCCAGCGACCAAUAUACUCGGUUCGAAGGAUGUGAAGGAGAACAAGUCGGCAGAUUCUGAUAACGAUGUGGAUGUCGGUGUGCUGCUCGCGAGCUUGCCUUCACAGUCGCUCUUGCCUAUCCUGACCUCACUCAUAUCCUCGCAACCCUCGCUCAAGUCCCAUGUACUCUCACUCAUACCCCGCCCAUCUCUGGACACGGCCCUUCAAGCCCUCCAGCAGUCUGCCAAGAAACUCCGUGACGCAUACCCAUACUCGAAUCUACCACAGCCCACGCCACCUUCAUCCUCUUUCGGUUUUGGUUUCGGAUCAGCGUCCACUUCCCGAUCACCUACUUUCGGCGCCUCUUCCAGUAACGGCGGCAUGCGGCAGGAAUACAUUGUGUCCCGCCUCACACCUCACAUCAACGAAUUUACGUCCGCGUGUCUAUCAUAUCUUCCCUACUUUUCCUUACUCCCCUCAUCCUCUCCGGCCCGACCAACGCCUUCGUCUCCCACCCAUGGACCUCAGCGGGACAAGCUCCACCCCACCGAGACUUUCACAUUCCUCUCGUCCCUUACCGGACACAUUCUGUCUCAGCCACCCCUCACUCAAGCAUCGCUCGUCCCAGCUCUUCUCCCACGUCUUCUGGAUGAAUGGAAGGCCUGGGUGGAUCAUGUUAGCGAGGUAGUUAAUAAGCAGGGAGGCAUGUUCGGUGGAGAAACAGUGCGUGGCUGGGAGCGUGCGUUGGACGAGUUUGCAGAGGCCAAAGACCAUGGAUUGGAGGCGUUCAGGGAGGUUCGAGAUCGGUGGGUGGCGCAGGUCGGUUGGCUGGUCGGGCGGCAGCACCAUCGCAUGAUGGACUUGUAA